UUUGCCCUAACCCUAACCCCAGGGGUUAGGAUGGGUUUUAAGCUCCUUUCCCUCCCAUCUCGCUCGCGAUGGCGAUGGCGGCGAUGCUACUCCACCAAGUUUGUCCCGCUCCUCCGGCACCAGGCCGAGAAGAUCAUCGACAGCGCCGAGCCGCCGGUGAGUCGAUUCCAGGAUUCCGCGCUCCUGGGAGAGGCCGCUCGGCUCGCGAGUCUCGAUCCAUCGGAGAUGAAGCUCGUCAGGCCGCUCAAGCUCGUCUACAUUCCUUCCGAGGAGGUGCCAGUGCUCUACAAUGCGGGGCCUAGGGACGCCGUCGGCCGCGUGUGGGGUGAUAGCAUGCUGGAAAUUCUCAAGAGCCUGGGAAGCGAGAAGAAAGACGUGCUAUGGCAGCAAUGCGAUGAUUCCAUGCUGAGCGCGCUGGAGCUCAUUGGCUCGAUAUCACACAUCGAGCCUGGCACCAGAGUGGUGAGUAAUGAAGACAGGUCGCGGCAGUUCGUGAUAGUGGACCUCAAACAGAAGGAGGAAAUGUGUCGCAAGCUCGAACUGCUUCCUACGGACAGGCUCGUCACGGGUCUCGCGCUGUGUACCGUGCCUCGCAGGGCUCUCGAGCUGGGUGCGUUUGAGCCAGUCAAGACCAGCGGCGAUCAGGUGGAGCUCAAGAUCAACGAGACGAAGCUUAUCCUCCAGAGCGUAGAGAGGCACGUCCGGCUGAGGGAGCUCGGUCUCCAGGACUGGCUGAAUCUCAAAGCUUGCGCUGGAACACUGGUGGUGAGGCACUGCGCGGUCGUAGACUUGAGCUGGCUGGGUGCCACCAGCAACGUUGGCUUGUUCUGGCCGGUUCGCGACUCAAAGUUCCUCAGCCUGGUACAGAGACUCCUACGCGAUAUCAGUAUCCGGACUCGUGGUUUCUGCGCACAGUGGGGUCCUUUCCAAGCCUCCAACAUCCGUGAAGUGAGAAUCGUCCCCCUGGAAGACAUCACAGAGCUAGAGCGCGUAAAGUUUGUGGAGCCGAGGUGGUUGUCAAGCAGGGAGAUUGUUCCGCGUCGCUCCAGCUUGCCAGCCGCGGCCGGCAAGAGAACUCUAAGGAUUCGGGAGCCCAUAGUUGGUCCAGGAUACCGGCCCCGACCGAGAUACUGGUAUCGUCUACUCCAGGUGAAGCCACAGGACAUGAAAGACUCGGAUGGCGGACACCAUGGAUUCCGUGAGGUCCCGAUACAUAUGGCAAACAGGAAGAAGCUCAACAGGACGCAGCGGAUAAAGUUCGGGUUGAUCAAGCCAAGAAAGAAGGGACAGUAAAAAGCAUGGUUUUGGGAGAGCUCAGCCGGCACGAAGUUUGGUCUGGUGGUAAUUAACUGCGGUCUACUUUGGAGAAUGCUCAUCAGGUGACGUACCAACGAAUUAAAUGGCUCCACCAUACAACGCCGUUUGCGGUGAAAAGGGAGCCGAUGUGUGAGCCGAGACGGUGAAGAGAGGAGAGGAGCGAAGCCACUUCUACUGUCACUCCACUGCUCCGAGUUCCUGCUCCGCCUGUACAACACCGGGUUUGGUUCUCUUCCCUCCACUCACUCCUUAUGCGUUAGAUUUCUUACUCUCUUGUCUCUUUCUAUCGCUCUCUCGAUCUCACUUGCUUUCUCGGUCACUUGUGUUCUUAGAGUGUGCGGCAUUUGGCUGUUUCGCGGAAUGGGUCCGAGCACUUAGCUUCUGGAAUGUGAGGGACCGGUCGUGAAAUCGGGAGAGCAACUUGGGCGUUACAAGUCGAUCGAGGAGCUUUCGCUUUUCCAAUCUACAUUCUGGUAUUUCACUGCUUUCACUCUUUAUGUGAAUUCCUUUACUGUU